UGUACCAAUAAAAGCGAGUGAGCAAGUCUCAGCGUAUCCUGUUUUUACAGUGUCUGUUCAAGGCGCUUCAGCGGUUUAUCUGUCUUCAGCUGCACAGUUACCGAAGGGACGGACAAAUGAUGGCAUUUUGUAACCAGCAACCGUUUUACAAUCCGAGCAUCCCCUUCACUGGCUUCAUCCAGGGAGGUCUUCAGGUAGGGAAGAUGAUCACUAUCUCUGGGAGGGUCCUGCCUGGGUCAGAGAGAUUCGUUGUGAAUUUGCAGUGUGGCUCCCAUCAGAGCCCUAGACCUGACAUCGCUCUCCACUUCAACGCACGCUACGAGGGGAGCCAGCAGUACGUGGUGUGCAACACCUUGCAGAACCAGAACUGGGGCUCGGAGGAGAGGAAACACGAGAUGCCCCUGCAGAGAGGAUCCAGCUUCACUCUCACGAUCCUGGUCAACCACAAUGCCUACAAGGUGACAGUGAAUGGGAAUCACUUCCUGGAGUUCAAUCACAGGCUCUCCAUAUCCAGCGUGAACACCAUUGCAGUGGAGGGAGGUGUGGAGGUGGCAUCCAUCAUCUUCCAAAACACACCUCAGUUUGCAGCUGCACAGGCUUUUCAGCCUCAGUUAGCAGCUGCACAGGCUUUUCCGCCAGCACCUGCUUAUCCAGCGCCACCGUCCUAUACUGUGCCCUACAAAAGCUUCAUCAACGGGGGCCUCUACCCAUCAAGAAUGAUUACCAUCCAGGGAUACGUUCUUCCCACUGCAACAAGGUUCCAUGUUAAUUUUAAGUACAACUCUCUGAUUGCAUUCCACUUGAACCUGCGUCUGGAUGAGAACGCUGUGGUGCGGAACAGCUUGCUGGGGGAGAAGUGGGGUCCAGAGGAGAGGAAGCUGUCUGCUGGGAUGCCCUUCGCCCGAGGCCAGACCUUUAUGAUGGCGAUUGUGUGCGAGUCUCAUCAGUACAGCGUUUCCGUGAACGGGAAGCACUGUUUUGACUUCAGUCACCGCGUGUCUCAGCUGCAGCAGAUCAACGUUCUGGAAAUAGAAGGGGACGUGACCCUCACUGCAGUGCAGGUGUGACACACGCAGCCCAGGGAGAACAACAAGAAGUGGAACACAAGAAGAAAAAAAAUUUUAAUUCUAGUCUUUCAUCCUUCAUAAUCUUUAGACAGUCGUUUUGCUUUUUAAUAUCUGCGCUGCGUUCUCUCUGAUUUGAUAGGGGGCUGGUACAAAUUUGAUACAAAUUUGUUAAAUUAAAAUGCAUUUCCCAAGAAGCUCAGAGCUCACUCUGCAAACAGCAAGCACAUUCAGAGCUUCUUGUAAAUAGAUCCCCUUCAGUCCCUGUGUGUAGCAUUGUACCGUGUUAAGUUUCUUAACUCUAUGUAUCUGUUUUAUAAUGCAAUAUGUUUUUUUCAAAGUUAUGGCAGGGCAACUUUCCAAAGUCCACAGAGUUCACACAAACUGUUUUCAAAUUUCAAAAAAUCUAAUACAUUGACAAAAAAUGCAAGACAUUGCGAGCAAAGGAGAUAAGUUACAAAUCUGGUUUUGUUUGAGUUCAUUGAAAUAGUGGGGAUGAACGCCCCAAUCAUAAUACCUGUCCAUUCUGUGUGGGCGUUACUUGAUUGUGCCUUGAACUCGUUUGGAUUUUGUUUAUAUCAUUUUGUAACGUGAAGCUUUAAUUUCUGCAUUGUCUUGCAUGAAGAAAGUAAGGUGCUUAAUCUUGAUGAAUGCAAGGAGCAGAUCAUCCUAACAGAAAGAAGCCUGGUAAUGUGAACGAAUGUGAAUAAAUCCACUUCUACCUUC